AUGGGUGCCGUGGGGCCUAUUGCCUUGGCAACUAAAGACCCGUCUCCAACUGUCCCUUCUGUCGUGCAAUGUUUACUCACAGACCCUAUGUCGCUGGUAGAGGAGCGUGCCGCAUUGCAGUUAGCCAACGCACAGGCCCGCCUUGCUAAAGCUAGGCCGAUUCGAACGGCGGAAUACCUUCCAUUUGUUUUUGAUCAGCUGGCCGAGGUACAAGAUACCGCUGGCUAUCUCAAGGACUUUAAGGUAAAUUUUAUAUUUUAUGCCUUCAAUUACAGUUGGUCAAAGCCUAAGUACUAUUUUUUGGAGAUUUUCAUUUAG